GAAGAAAAAAAAGAAAAAAAGAAAAAAGAUUCUGGAUGAAAGAAUGGUUUAAGAAGAGACAUACAUUUUCUCAUCAUAAUCUACUUGACGAAUUGCGUUUAUCAUCUCCGUCCGACUAUAAAAAUUACCUUCGUAUGGACAAUUCCACAUUUUCAGAAUUAUUGGAAAUGGUUACACCAUUUAUUUUUAAAAGAAGCACUCAUCUGAGAGAAGCUAUACCACCAAGCCAACGUUUAUCAUGCACUCUAAGAUUUUUAGCUACUGGUGCAAACUUUGAAGAACUAAAGUUUAUUACAACAAUUUCACCUCAAUCAAUCGGAAGAAUUGUAGUUGAAACAUGUGAAGCUAUUACAUUAGUAUUAAAAAAUAAUAUCAGAGUAAGUAAUUUUUAUCAUACCUUAACUGAAUUAGACCAUUUUACUUUUUAUUACUAG